UAACAGCCAUUGUCGAAUCUAUAAAAGUAACCACGGAAUUCGCUUUCUUAUCACUUUACCUGUAUUCUUUAAGUUGACAACAACAAUUAAUUGAUUUAUUAGUUAGGAUGAAGUGUCAUACGUUCGUUGUUUUAAUUAUUCUAUUCGCGUUGACGAAGGUCACAUUUGAAUCUCCUGUUGCUGAUCCCAAAGCUGAACCAUGUUUAGCUUUUCUAUUUGGCUUGCUUGGAAGCCUCUUUAGACCAUUCUCAUUUGGUGGCUUCGGAGGCCAACUUGGUCCAGGUUUCAUCGGAGGUUAUCCGGGAUAUUAUCCGGGAAUGUAUUAUGGUGCACCGUAUUACCCAUAUCCAUACUAUCAAUAUCCGUACUAUCAAUAUCCAUACUACCCAGGCGGAGUUGUCCCAGGUGGACCAGUCGUUGUUAAUCCAGGCGGACCAGUUAAUCCAGGAGGACCAGUCAUUGUUAAUCCAGGCGGACCAGUUAAUCCAGGAGGACCAGUCAUUGUUAAUCCAGGCGGACCAGUUAAUCCAGGAGGACCAAUUAUUGUCAAUCCCGUCACUACACCUAGACCAAUUAUAAGCAUAGGUAAAUAGGUUCUUCAAGUUCUGUUGAAGUGUAACAAUGAAUUUUAGUUAGUUUGAAUAAAAGUAAAAAUAAAUCGACUCGGCUGUGUGAUUUUAAA